GUAAAUUGGAAACUUGUUACGAUAUACAUAUCUAGAUAAGAAUUUUGCGUAUAAAUAGUGCGUUAUCGAGAAAAACGGUAUCAGUGAUAUUUCGCUUCGAAGAAAGAAACUUACAAAACUUAUCAAAAUGAAAUUCAUUAUUUUGAGUCUCGCUCUUAUCGCCGCUGCCUCGGCUAGCCCAAUUGCAACACUUGCCGCUGCUCCAGUGCUUGGUGCUUCAAUCGCUCCUCCACUUCUUGGUGCUUCAAUUGCCGCUCCAGCUUUAGUCACCCGUAUCGCUGCCCCACUUGCUGCUACUUCAAUUGCUGCUCCAGUUCUCGGUGCUUCCGUUGCUGCUCCAGCCAUCGGUGCUCCACUUCUCUCUGCUCCAGUACUUAGAACUUCAAUCGCUGCUCCAAUUGCUCCUGCUCUUGCUCCACUUUCAGCUGGAAUCGCUCCUAUCGGUCUUAGUUCCGGACUCCUCGGUCAAAAUAUUAUUGCCGCUCCAGGAUUGGCUUCAUUGCCCCUUGGACUUAACAGCUUGGGAGGUCCUCUUCUUUUGAAGAAACGUGCUUAAAUUAUCUAUUAAAUAGGCUAUGAUCUUGGGUAGGAAUUAAAUAAAUUACAUUUUUGUUAUUUAACUUUUUGUUUUAUUUUUUUCACUGAAAUAAAAUUGUAGGCCGAAUAUUAUACAGUUAAA